AUGACCGAGAAAAUACUCCAUCCAUCGAUUUCUCAGGCAAAUGCCCUCAGUGCCGUCGACUUUCGGAGCGAUACCGUUACUUCUCCCACAGCGUCUAUGCUUCAGGCUAUGAUUAGUAGCGCCGUUGGAGAUGACGUUUAUAGCGAGGAUGAAACUACCGCAAACCUGGAAAAGCAUGUUGCCGAUCUGUUGGGACACGAGGCGGGACUCUUCGUCCCAAGCGGGACGGCAGGCAACCAAAUCGCGAUUCGUGUGCAUCUUACUCAGCCCCCACAUUCUGUACUCUGUCAUGCUCGCUCGCACAUUAAUCAAUAUGAAGCUGGAGGAAUCGCGACAUUAUCCCAAGCCAUGGUUCAGCCGGUAUGGCCAUCCAAAGGGCCAAAUCUGACUUUAGAAGAUGUGAAGAGGGGGUUGUCCUGUGGGAUGACGUCCAUUCAGCCCCAACUCGUGUUAUCGCCCUCGAGAAUACCUAUGGAGGGAAUCGGUGCGCCCAUUGGAAGUGUCUUGGUCGGAUCGAAAACUUUCAUCGACCGAGCCCGAUGGAUCCGUAAAUCUAUAGGAGGGGGGAUGCGCCAGACGGGCGUGAUAGCUGGUGCUGCCAGAGUCGCUCUGGAUGAAGUGUUCCCAAAGCUUGCGGCAACCCAUGAAAUAGCACGGGAUAUCGAAAAACAUCUACAUUCCCUGGGUCUCAAGACCGUAUUACCCGUCGAAACCAAUAUGAUAUUUAUUGAUCUCGAAGCGGCUGGGCUGGAUAACGAUUGGUUGGUUGAAGAAGCCAAAAAUGCAGGCCUUAAACUGGGGUAUGACGGCAGGAUUGUUGUUCACCACCAAAUCAGCACCGAGGCUGUCCAAAAGCUUAAGGAAGUUCUUAGCCGAGUGAUGGAAAAGAAGGCCGCGGGUGUUUAUGCUGAGGGUAGUCAAGCACGGACAAAUGGCGGAGCGUACGGCGGGAGGCCCAAGCGAACCUGA